GUCCGGGGCGGGGCGCGCAGGUCUUGAGACCGUCCUGGGCCACUGCGCCCUGGCGCCAGAGGAGCACCAGGCUGGCGGGGCGUCGGCCCGCGAAGGCGGGUCAUGGCGGCGAGCAGCAGGCUGGAGGACGGUUCCUUGGAUGUCCUACAAAGUAUGGAUGAUGACCCACUUCUGGACAGCCAGCCUCUCCCACAUCACUCUUUGCAUGCUCACUUCAGACCCAGAUUCCAUCCUCUUCCCACCGUCAUUGUAGCGAAUCUGCUGCUGCUUAUCCACGUUGUGUUUGUUAUUUUAGCCUUUUUAACAGGUGUGCUGUGUUCGUACCCUAAUCCAAAUGAAGACAAGUGCCCGGAAGACUACACCAACCCAUUGAAGGUUCAGACUGUCAUAAUCCUUGGGAAAAUUACCCUGUGGAUCCUGCAUCUGCUUCUUGAACGCUACAUCCAGUAUCACCACAGGAAAGUCAGAAGCCGAGGCUAUUCCCAGAUCUACUGGUCCACGAGGCAUCUCAAGUCACUGGCCCUCAUGAUCCACUCUUCUGGCAACACAGCACUCCUCCUCCCCCUCCCCCUCCUCUGCCUGCAGCAUUCCUUCCCUGAGCCCAGCUGGCUGUGCCUUGAGCUGAUUUUGGCCAUACUGACCCUGGAGAUGAUCGGUUCCCUGGCCUGUCUGCUCUUCUAUACAGUGAGAAUUAGGAGAUUCAAUAGAGCCAAGCCCCAGCCUGAUAUACUUGAAGAAGAAAAAAUGUAUGCUUACCCUAGCAGUAAUGCCUCAGAGACCGGCUUCAGGACAAUUUCAAGCCUAGAAGAAGUUGUUGAAAAGCAAGGAGACAUAAUAUUGUACCUGAAGCGGCACAAUGCCCUGCUGAGUAAGCGGCUGUCGGAACUGGCUGCUCAGCCGACUAGGACAUGAGAGAUUCAUGAGCUCGACCGCCGCUGCGUCCACAGUAGGUUCAGACAGUCCC